CAGAGUAGUGCAGAUGGGUCGCUGUUCCACUGGAGAUCAGCAGAGGGAAACGUAGCUCUCUUUCCUGCGCUCCUCCUCAGACAAUAAAAACAAGGCGAAGCCCACACAGUCGGCAGCAUCUCGGCUCCAUUCAAAGACGUCUGAAGGGGGGAAAAAAAUCAGAAAUAUGGACACACGGCCGCCGGUCUGGGACUAGAGAUGUAGCUGCAAGGAUGCCAGCCAACUGCAUCUCCCGUUUGCUCCUCUUCGUGUCGGUGUGCGCGGUCUGGGAGGCGCUGGCCAAAUCUCUUCCAGAUCAGGGAGCACUGGAGGUGCAAAUAAGAGUCCAGGUGUUCGACAACAGCGACCUGUCCCAGUUGGCAGACGCUCAGGUGGAAGUACACGGCAACCAGACCCUGUUGGCGUCCAGCCGUGCUGGCAAGGAUGGCGUGGUGAGAGUCAACUUCCUGUACCGUGCGGGAACAUGGGUCAUUAUUACAGCCUCCAAACAAGACUACGUCACCAACUCUGUGCCCUGGCACUCCAGCCGCAUCCCGCUGUAUGCAGCAGUCAGCCUGUACCUGCUCGUUCAGAGGCCGGGAACUCUUAUUCUGUACGAUGACGUCCUGCAGGUGCUCUCUGGGUCUCCAGGGGCUCGUAACCAGCCGCUGGUGCAGCUCCAGAGGAAGUCCAUUCAGCUGCCGUCCAGCUCCAACUACACAGCACUCACUGCUGUGCUGACCACAGCCAGGAGCCAGUAUGAAAUCGGGGGAUUCCCCUUCCUGCUGGGCCAAGAGACCAACAGCUCAGGUGCAGAAACUGGGUGGAUGGACUUGACGGCGCUGGCAGUGGUCAGCAUUCAGCUUUUUGAUAAAGAUGGCAGCGUGAUCCGCGUUUCAGAUCCGAUCCACAUCUCUGUGCCGCUGCCAUCAGACACCCGAAACAGGAUGGCCACGAGUGUGCCCGCUUGGCUGUAUCAGCCAAAGACGGGGCUGUGGGUUCGGAACGGGACGGGCUACAUCAAAAAGGACGGGACGCAGUUUGUCUGGAACGUCGUGGUUCCUCAGAUGGGAUACUGGUUGGCUGCCUUUCCGACGUCUUCAGGUUUAGGUUUGUCUCAUCCAGGCUUGAGGGAUAUCACCACCUACCACACUCUGUUCCUGCUCUCCAUCCUGGGAUCGCUGGCCCUGUUGGUGCUCAUCUUGCUCUGUGUGCUGCUCUACUACUGCAGACGGAAGUGUCUGAAACCACGUCGACAGCAAGGCAAACCUCACACGUCCAAUCUAAAUGGUGCUAAGAGAGACCAGGGCACAUCCACGUCACGGCUAAAUCUGAUCUGUGGAGGCCAUGUCGAAUCAGGCCCCUCCAAUGACAAAUCUGACUUGUCGCCAUCGCGAGACUACCAGAGUUCAAGGGAGGAUUUAACUAAGCAUGUUCCAGCCCACAUGCUACGACACGCAAAGGGUAAAAAUGCGUCAGGUUCCCAACGGGGUGAAAGCUUCCCCAUGAAGGUUACACGUGCCACAGAGACCAACAACUUGGACAGCCCUUUGCUGCAUGACGACUACAACCGGAACUACAGCCCCAAAGACAACAAGGAGUCCGACUAUCACAGACACCACAACGCCAACGACAAUCGAGGGUACUCCUCCGAUCCCCCAUCCCCACCUCGCUUCCAAGGCUACGUCCCAAGCCAGUCCGACAAGCCUCCGGAUUAUUCCGCAGCAGCAGCAGACAGCCUUGCCCGACCUACUUCCCUCAACACCCAACCAGGUCAGAUCAUCUUUUGCAGCUCCAUUGACCAGAUGAAGGAGAACAUGUACCGUAGCAUGGUGCCAACCCUGGUUAUCCCCGCCCACUACAUGCGCCUGCCAUCUGAGUUUUCUGGCAAAGAUGGCAAGGACCAGAAGGAUCACGACAAAGAUGGCACACAGAUGGGAGGGGGCCAGCAGCACCAUCACCACCACUCCCAGAAACAAGGCCAGCAGCAGCAACAGCAAGGAGGAUCUCAAGGCGACGACUCUGAAGAACCGAGCUGGGCAUCUGACUCAUCCGGGGGACCUGUGACCAUCCCAGUGCUAUUCAACGAUUCCACCAUGGCUCAAAUGAACGGGGAACUGCAAGCUCUGACAGAGAAGAAGCUCCUGGAACUUGGAGUUAAACAACACCCGAGGGCAUGGUUCAUCUCUCUUGAUGGUCGAGCUAAUGCUCACGUGCGCCACUCCUACAUAGAUGUUGGGAAUGACCUCAGUGGCGGUGGUGGAUUCGGAGGUGGCUCCAGCAGCACUCCACGGGAUGUCAACCUGGAACCGCCUCUGGAGGCCCAAGAGCGAAAAUCAGCUGGAAAUAGAAAGGGAAAAGAUGAGCGCUGGGGGACGGGAGGACGGAAGGGCCACGGUGUUAGCAGCAGCGGCGGGAAGAGUUACUCCAAGCUGGCCUACCCUGACCACAGCGAGCCCAGCAGCAGUGAGGGACGUCCCGUCUCUCCCGAGGAGAACUCCCUAACCCCUCUUCUGGACGAAGGCCCGUCCUCCCGAGGAUCCACCAUCCCUAGAAGAGGACGCAGCCGCGUGAACAGCAGCCGCAGCAGCAACAGCGAGAACCGCCGCGACUCCAUGACCAGUCCAGAGGAUGAUUCCGAGGACAAAGAUGAGAACAAGAAGAGCCCCUGGCAGAAGAUCGAAGACAGGCCUCUGAUGGUCUUCCACCCCAGGAAGUGAGCUUUUUGAAUGAACACUGGAACUAUAACAGCCUUGUGAAAGAGGAGUCUUUCACAUCACCGAGAGGGAGGUCACAAUAAGCACAGCCACUGCUUCACCAAUCCAUAUCCAGGUUGUUGUUUGACCUUUGUGUUUGCCAGUUACUCUCGUAGCCUCACUGUCAGUUAAUCCCUCUGGUUUCCACUGAGUUGUAGAUUGAAAUCUGUCCAGUUUAUUGUGAACCCCGUCUCCUAUCACCUGUCACUGAACCAUGGUCUGAGCCAUUGCACAUACUGACUGUGGAAAUAGCCAUUUUAUAGAGCAAAAUAUAAGAAUAGAGCACUUGCUAAUAAUUUGAUAACUUAUUGAUUGAUACUUACAGAGUAUUUGGAAGUGGAUGGCAUUUUUUAUGGGACGGAUGGGAAUUCUUGGCAAAUUAGGUUUUUUUCCCUGGACUAAUUCUACCCAGAUGCUCACAAUGACUGUAGAAGAUGUGAGCUUCUUUUUUCUUCUCUACUCCGAAACAGCUUCCCUGUCUGAGGAAGUUGUGAAAGUUUGUCAUUGAGCUCUUGUGAACAGAUUACAGAAAUAUUAUAAAGUCCAACGUGCAACUUGCAUUUUGCUCCUUCAGGGAUGUUCUUGAUUUCCUCUUCCUCCUGUACUGUGUUCAUGUGUUGUAAUUACUUACUCAAAUAGUAAUGAUUUGAACUGUUCAGCAUCAUCUCCAUCUUCUCUGUAAUAUCACAGUGAUCUACUGUACAAUUUUGCCAAAAGUACGCAUUUCUGCCUUUCUUCUCUUGGUGAGAGUUUUGGCCAGCAGAGACUUUGUUGCAUUUGGGUCAUUCCAGUAAAAAUCAGUCAGUGCCUCCCACCUGACCCUGUUUGAAUCAGCAGAUUUUUUAUACAACAACUUUAGCAUCUGUAAUAAAGAAAUGUAAGAUUUCACCUUAAUACUGUGGAUAUUUUUACAGUUAUAAGCCCUCAAAAUACCUAAGAGUGGUUUAAAAUUCAGCUCUUUUUAAUUCACAUUAAAGCUCUGUUAAAAACUUCAAUUUCACACCCACUCUGUCACAACCCAAAGGGUCUCAGGACGAGUGGAUGCUCUGAGUAUAGGUCAACAUAUGAGAACACUUGCGCUGAACAAAAGUAAUGGCCAAAGAAAAUUUGGAGACCCUCAAGGAUUUUGAAAACCUUCUUUAGAACCUAAAAUUUUUGGAUAAAUGUGAUUUAUCAAAAUGAUUAAACACAGUAUGUGAGCACCAAUGUCAUUUCUCUGGUGAAAUAUUAGAUUUGUUUAUGUAAAAUCUGUGUUCAUCAAAAGCAACAUUAUGGCUUUUAGACUGUGACACUUGGAGAUGGUGUAACAUUGAUUUGCUCACAGUUUCUAACAUUUAUGAUGUUAAAAACUCAAGUAAAACCCUGUGUACUUUGAGGGCCUUUAACUUGGACAGUAUUUAUAGAAUGAAGGUAAAAAUUUGCAUGGCCUCAUUAAAUUUGAGGGGGGGGGGGGAGCCGUGGAAGCUUCUGAGGGGGUCAGGUGGGAUUUUUUUUUUUUUUUUCAGAUUGGGCUGAUUUUAUAUGGAAUGACCCAUUUAUCUUGUGUAAAUACAUGCCCAGAUAUUUGAAAGACCAUUUGGUAUAGAAAGGUUGCAUGCAUAUGAAUGUAUGAAAUAAACAGAAGGCACCAAAAGCCCUCCCCUACAAGUUCCUGCUAGACAACCCCUAAACGCCAAGAAACAAGCGUAGUUCCAAACCGCUUUUACUUGAAGACUUACUAUUUCUGAAAUAUCCUACUGAGAUCAGCGGGGGUUGCCUGUAGACAGAGCCUGAACCACUUCUCUCCUGUAAGUGCCUUCUUUCACAUAGGAUCGAGUGAUAGGCAUGCCGGUCCCUUUUUAAAAUGCAGUCAGCGGUCACCUAAACUCACUGUCGAGAUCGGCAGGCACUGAUAAGCACACUGCAUUGCGGUAACAACAACAGCAACACGCGUCACUCUGGGGAGCAUGCCUGCCAAAACAGACAACUUUUCUUGCGGCUAUUCCGUCCUUGGAUAUCUUAAUUUCUUGUAUCUAUCCUCUUUUUUCACGGAACCUGUAAAUGGUAUGAUCUAUAUGAGAUUUUAUGUGUAUACAAUGUGCAUGUUAAAUGUAGAAUAGGGUGUUUUUAAUGAUUUUUUUUAACUAUUAUUAUUGAUAACAAGGAUGUUUGGCACAAAAUGAUGCAUUGGACUGUGUUGCCAAAUGAACUUUAUGAAGAUACACUGACUUUUCCCUUAAUCCAGUUCUAACGAAAUUCACUUCCGGUCGUAAAUGUUUACAACGAUAACAUACUGACCAACACGCUCCUGCUGUUACUAGCAUCACCACUGCCUAUUCAACAACUGUGAACUUAGCGAGGCUGACGGCUGUUUUGUUGGUGGUUUUUGCAGAGUAAUGGGUUGCUUAUGAAGGGAAAACGGCUGUAUAAAAGUCAUGCUGACAUGUUGGUCCUUUGUACCAUUCGCUUGCUGUUCAUAAGCCUGUGUCAGUAGCCUAUGGAACAAGCUGAAAAUGUGAUGUAAAUCAAAGUCUGAAGAAUAGCACAACCAUGAAUCGAAUCCUGCUAAAAUGUUGCGCCCACUGCUGUAAGUGUACUUUUAUUUUUUUGAACCAGAUAUGGAAAGUAUUGAGUUGUGCAAUCGUGGCUUUUCUUGCUUGUUUAUGUUUUGCUAAUGAAGUGUUUUCUCAGAUUUGGUGAACGAUUUGACACCGAAUCCCUGAGAGGAAACUUCAAAUCUGGCAACCUACCACGCUGGAUGUUUUUGAUAGUUAAGAGCAUCAAGAGGACUGAGCUGUAGGCCUUCAUCCUGUGCAGUAAAUCAUCGGCUUCAUUCACCUGGUCAGUUGUUUGUAAACUGUAAAUUGAUUCAACUUUCUGUACAUGAGACAAAAUAGAAAUAAAUUUGUUCCCACGGUC